UUUAAGACAAUAAUACGUAUACUUUAUAUUGUGAAAAUAAAAUAAGAAGGGGGUGUAACAGGGGUUAAAAGUUUGUAUGGAAAUUUCUUCAUUUUUGUUUUAAAAAUUUGUUCAUAAAUGAUAAAAAAAAUACGAAAUAUAAUGGAAUUCAAAAAUUUUUAAAAUUUAAACUCUAAAGUGGUGAAAUAGGGCUUGAAAGUUAACAUUGAUUUCCACGCGGACGAAGUCGUGGGUGUCCGCUAGUUCAAAAUAAAAUUUAGCCUGGAUGCCAUUUUACUCGUAUGCCAAUAUAAAAACUGAAAUGGUAUGUAGUGGGCACUGUGUUUGUGUGAGCAUAAAAUGCAUCUUGAAGCCUUGCAGUAAACAGAUAAUUGGUAGCUUUUUGCCGUUUUUGAUUUUAAUAGUUCUAAAUAUUGUCCGUACAUUUUUUGUUUAUCCCAAACGACCUUCAUAAAAAAGUUAUUUUGAAUUUUCCGCUCGAUGUCUGUCUUAGAAGCUCGGUAGGUAUGUACGAAUAAAAUCAGAAGUCAUAAUCGUCCUCAAAACUCACAUGAAUUAUUUUUUCCUAAACACUAAUAAUAAUUUAAGUUUUGAAUGCCCUUUAUUUUAGAAACUGAACUGAAAGUUAAGUCGGUACAUAUGUAUACCCAAAUAUUCUUCAUAAGUGUGCUUAUCUAAUACUUAUAAUAAACCUGUAGAGAGGUAAAUUCUGUACAUGAAAUAUAUUUCCAAAAUAACUAUCAGGGGGUGAUUAGUAAUCGAUACUGACGCCAAAAAUGCGAUCAGUAAAAUUUUUGUCUGUCUGUCUGUCCGUCUGUAUGUUCUUUGUAUAAAGUUGUUGUUUCUGAAAUAUCACAUAAAAGAUCUUGAAAAGACCAUUUAAAAAGUACACAGGAAAGCGUGGCGUUGGUCGAUCCCCCACUAGAUGGACUGAGGACAUCAAGCGGAUUGCAGGGAGCCGCUGGAUGCUGGCGGCUCGAGACCGUGAUGUUUGGAAGUACAUACAAGAGGCCUACGUCCUGUGUGUCCAUUGGCUGAUAAUGAUGAUGAUGAUGAUGAUAUUUAUUUCUUUCUAAAUAUUAAAGCAAGUUGUUGUACUGUGUCAAGAUGUCUGAGCGAGUGGACAUCGUAGUGUUCGGCGCCACUGGCUACACCGGCAAGUUCGUGGUGCAGGAGCUAGCGCGCGUCGCCCCGGAGUACCCCGGCCUGCGCUGGGCAGUCGCUGGUCGCUGCCGGGAGAGACUGGUCGCGCUUCUCCGGGACGUCUCCUUGAAAACUGGAAUAGAUCUAUCAGCAGUCCGCGUGAUGGUAGCUGACGUGGCGGACGACCUGUCCCUGCGCAGCAUGUGCAGCCAGGCGCGACUGCUGGUCAACUGCUGCGGGCCCUUCGUGCGGCUCGGGGAGCCCGUGGUGGCGGCGGCGGUGGACUGCGGCGCGCACUACGUUGACGUCAGUGGCGAAAAGAUGUUUGUGGAUAUUUUGGAGAAGUACGACAAAAUUGCGCGCGCAGCGGGCGUGUGUGUGGUGCCCACGUGUGGCCUGAGCAGCGUGCCGGCUGACCUGGGCGUCGUGCACUUGCAGGACAACUUCGGUGGUACAUUGAAUUCCGUGGAGUCGUAUUUAACAAUUGAGUGUCCACAAAAAUUGGCAUCUGAGAGGACGAAAGGAACCGUGCGCUACAGCAGCUGGGAGUCCAUGAUAAACAGCAUGGCUGCUAUGACUCUUAUAAAACCUCAAAAAACGUUGCUACCGAAGCUCAAACCUGAACUAAAGAAAAGAUUUUUCAUCCACAAAAACCUAAACAAAUGGUGUCUUCUUUUUCCAAACACUGAUGUGGAAGUUGUCAAGAAAACCCAACUAAAUUUAUUAUUUACAGACAAAAGAAGACCAGUCCAGUACAAAGCCUACAUAACUUUUUUGAAUAUUUUCCAUGCUAUUGGCCUAAUUUUUAUUGGUGCCAUUUUAUUUAUUCUUAGCAAAGUAUCAUGUACAAAGAAUUUGCUAUUGAAUUAUCCAAGGCUAUGUUCAUUUGGUAUUGUGACGUAUAAUCACCCUAAAGAGGGAGUAAUGGAUGAUUUGUGCCUCCAAUAUGAUAUGUUAGGAGAAGGUUGGACCGAAGGGGUUGAUAUUGAAAAUACUCCGCCUAAUCGAAAUGUCGUUGGGAGAAUUAGAGUAUUUGGAAGGGAUGCACCGUUCGUCGGCACAGCUGUGAUCGUCAUAUUCUCUGCUCUCGCUAUACUUCGGGAGCAGGAAAAAAUACCCAAUAGAUGCGGUUUUAUGACUCCUGGAGUGGCGUUCCGAAACACUAGUUUAAUUAAAAAUCUUUGUAAAAAUAAUUUUCAAUUUGAUAUCAUAGAGAAAACGUAAAGCCGUGAUUGAGUGAGAAGAGACUAUUUAUUUGUUCAUCAGUGACACGUAAACACGUUAGUGUUUGACUUUGGCCACAGAAAACAUAUGCUUUGGCCUCAUCUUAUGUUAAGUGACGAAGCUGUGGAACUUAUAUUCCAAUAGAUCAGGCGCUGUGUGUGUAUCCUCAUUAUUUAUGUGAUUAGUGUAAAGUUUGACUGCUCCAUACUUAGGCACUGUAUACACACAUCCCUGUUUGCCCUGUGCGUUUGUCUGUAGGGGCAGGUAUUUUAAAUUAAGUAAGUAUUAUUUUAGUUGCGAAGCUGAAGUGGCAAUGAGCGGGGCACGUAUGUUUGUAUUUACAUUAUUAACAUACAUUACAAGUUAUAUUUGUUUUUGUACACUAACAACUAUGCCUGAAAUAAACAUAUUUUAUUUUAUUAUUUUUUUA